ACGCAUCGUUCGCGCGAUUGUUUAUCGAUGAUGAUCGACGACGUCAAGGAUCUCUCCGGCGAAUGCCAACGUACUGUGCGACUCCUGGAGCUGCUGCAACGCACGCAAUAUGAGCUCGUGCAGGUGAAUGGGCAACGACGUCUGAUGGCUCCGGAAGUGGCGGGUGGUGAACGACAGCGCGGCAAGGGUGCCGAGGUGUUCCUAGGACGAUUGCCGCGCGACUGUUACGAGGACGAGCUGAUGCCGAUGCUGGAACAGGUGGGCCGUCUCCUGGAACUGCGACUGAUGCUGGAUUUCUCCGGGUCGACGCGCGGCUACGCGUUUGCGAUGUACGAGACUCCGCGGAUCGCCCGCGAGGCAUGCACGCGUCUCGACGGCUACGAGAUCCGUCCCGGCCACCGUAUCGGCGUGGUCAAGUCCAUGGACAACUGCCGGCUCUUCUUCGGCGGCGUGCCCAAGAACAAGACCAAGUCGGAGUUCAUGGCAGAGCUGACCAAGAUGCUGGACGACAUCACGGAUAUAUAUCUGUACCCGAGCGCCCACGAUCGCAGCCUCAAUCGCGGCUUCAUCUUCGUCGAGUUCAAAAAUCAUCGAGCGGCCGCGAUGGCACGGCGCAAGCUAAUACCCGGUAAAGUGACACUAUGGGAUCACGAAAUCGCCGUGGAUUGGGCGGAUCCUGAACCGGGCGAGCCGGUCGACGAGGACAUCAUGGAGAGGGUAACGACUCUGUUUAUAAGAAACCUCACGCUCGAUAUAUCGCAGCAAAAUGUGAGAGGAAUUUUUCAUAGGCACACGAAUGUGCCAAUAUUGAAACUGAAGAAGAUCAAUCACUUCGCUUUUAUUCAUUAUGAGAAUCGUCAAGCUGCACAGAUCGUAAUGGACAUAAUGCAGAAACCGGGUAGUAUCGUCGAAAGACAAGGCUGGGAAAUUUCUUGGGCGAAGCCGAUUGGAGCGAAAAAUUUCGAUAGGCAACAACACAUUCGCGAAGCGAUAACUAAUUCGCAAUCCGUAUCCAACCUUCAAACGAUCGAAAUAUCGCGCCCAAAACAACCUUGGCAUAAAAAACGCUGCAUCCAAACGGAAAUAGCGUCCGAGGACGAGAACGUUUACUUGGUGCAAAUGAAAGUUUUGCAAAACUUUGUUAAAGAAAGAUUCGAUGCGACAUGCGCUUUCGAUUGCAUACCAACGUCAGAUAUGUCCGGAUAUGUUGGUACAGUAAUUAUUCGGAAAGAUCAGAUAGUUUUGUUCGAUUUUCAAGGAAAGCCGAUGGCCUCGAAGCAUAAAGCCCUGAGCGUCGCAUGCGUUAAAACAUAUCAGUAUUUUACAAGCACACUCCCGAAUUUUGGUAUGUACAACAUUUUGGCUUGUGUUAAAUUAAAAGCUUUUGAUUACUUCGUGCUCUAUUUGCGCAUUGAAUCAAAGGAUUUUGACAAAAUAUUUCCAUGCGAUUUAAUUUAGCUGUGAUCCAACAACGAAAAACACACAUAACAUUCAUCAAAUUUGAGCUUUUAGUAAUAAUCGAGAAACAAGUGGCGUUUAUCGUAAAAUCUCGUUUGCGCUUUGUUUCCACUAGGAAAAUGUUUUUAUAAUACACAAUAUAUUGCAUUUUAAUGCUAUUUCAUGUAUUUUUACAGCGCUGCAACUCGAACAACAUUGCAUCCAAUCAGAAGUAGGCGUUAAUUCUGUGGUUAGUAUGUGAUUAGUUGGCACUCAGGAAUAACUCAAAAUUAGAUUUAUGAUCCGUUGCUACUGCAUUAUUGUUCGUUUUAUUUUUUAUCUCUUUUAAUUAGUCAUUGAUUGUUUAUGAAUACAAAAUUUACAGAUGCGAUCGCAUAAAAAGUAUUGCACACAAUCGUUUCCUAUCAGCUAUAAGUAUAAGAUAAUAAUCUUAUUUUAAUUUUAUUAUUUUAAUUAUGUUAUUAAUUAAUGAAACAAUUUUCAAUUGAAAAACUAAAUUUAAAUUAUAUAAUUUUGAGAAACAACGUAUUUUUGAAGA